AUAGUUUAUUUAAAGUCUGUUUGUCAGCUAAUCUGGUUGAAUUACAUGAUAGAUAAGUAUUAGAAUUGCUGAUUUGAGAGAAUAUAUGUUAAACUGCUUUAGGUGUUUGUUUUUGAGACUAUAGAGAUAAUGUAGGCUAUAUUGCAUACAAUCAACUUAGUGUUUAUUUAUUUGUUUAGCAUAAAAGCAAGUUGGUGCACACAAGCCUACAUUGAGUAAGGCUCGCAGACCUGGCUGUUAACGCGAUCGCGACCCGGGUUCGAAUCCGCCUUUUGCCGACCUCGCAUUUAUUUUCAAUAAAAAUGAAAAUAAUGUUCUAAAAGUGGAAAUAACCUGCGAAUGAGUGUACAAAAAUACUGAGGUGCAAAUAGUAUCUGCCAAUAUGAAGUAUAGAUAGCAUCUAAUUACUAUUUACUCUUAUUGCAAAGAACUGAUACUUUUACAUGGUGUAAAUAGAAUCUAUUGCUAUUUUCAUUUAGUGUAAAUAGCAUAUUGCUAAGAAUAUGCUGCUAUUUUCACUUAGUGUAAAUAGCCGCUGCCUAAAAAAUAUGCAUUGUUUUACUGAAAAUGCACCAUUGGAAAUGGAUGUACAGAGGUGGAGAGUUUCUGUACACUUAAAGUGCUUCGAUUUAACCAUUUCCUGGAUGCAAUAUAACGCAUACAGCAAUGAAUGAGUUAAAACUAGUGAAUCUAUUCUCAGCUCAGUAGUUUGACUACUCGCUUGGCUUUAAUACCUGGGAAAUUAUUAUUACACCAUCACUACACGCAUGUGUAAAAACUGCCAAAUAUUUUCCAAUUUUGGUUUCUUUCUUUGAGACAAAAACCUCUAAAACUGGGUUAAGACACAAAUGUUAAUGUUUAACACAAAUUAGAUGUCCGUCAGACGCUUUUAGAACCUUUUAGGGGUUCCAUCAUGGGAUCAAUUUAUGGAUUUAAUUCCAAUUUAUUAAUUUUGUUUGAAUUAAUUUUUUUAAAUUGUAAUUAAAUUGUAUGAAUUAAACAGCUUCAUCGCUAGAAAAAAUUGAAAUAACCCGUUAAACAUGUAAGUAUCACGCAAUCAUUUAAGACAUUUCUCCUUAUAUGGAACUUUUUUGGCAUAAAGGGUUCUUAACUGUCGGUGAAAUCGCACUGCUUUACCAUGGAAAAGGUACUUAAAUUCCUUUUAGCAGGCUCCUCCCCCUAGUGGGCGGUGUCACGUUUUACAUUACGAAAUUUACUACACUAUUUUAUAAUCAACUUUUUCCCUAAUCUUGAACAUAUCGUUGAGACUAUUUGGUGGCUGUUUUGUGAUAGAAGUGAUAUUGUGACAAAAAAUUGUAUUAAGUUAGGAGAACACGUCAAACGCAUCACCCAGUGGCUAUUUGUGGUACUGCGCUUAAACAAAAUCUCACAGGAACUUCAAUUUUUGUGAUAUCAACUUCAAAUUUGGAUAGACAUAUGGCUUUUAUUUUAUAGCAUUUUUAGAGUAAAAUUAUUUUGUAAAGUGUAUGAUUUGUAUAACAGUAAAUUUAACCUUUUUUACACUUUAAUGUUUUGAAGUGCUUUAAAACGAGACCAACUUUAAGUAUUCCAAGGCAUUCAUGAAUGUUUGGAUAGUGCGUCUUCACAUCUAUGCUCAGAAAUGACAGUUAAGGGGUUAAAAUUGAGUCAAGAACCCAUGGACUUCCUUAUCUAACCCAUCUAUCUGAAGUCUUCUACCUCUAGUAAUGAUCUGAUGAGUUGAAUCAGGUGUGUUUGGUUAUGAGUAGUUUGAACAUGUUGAUGUGCUUCCAGGAACAGGGCUGGGAAACUUUGGUUAACGAUGGUUCUUUUCAGCAGCUCCUCCCAAACGUAUUAUUUAGAACUUGUUUUGCAUCAAUUAUUGGAAACUUAUACAAACGAUUGAUAUUGGUAUGUCUGGAGACUGAACAAUCCAGUUUGAUUCACUGUUGUUUUACAGGAGCAUGUGGAGUGGCGGUCGGUUAUCCACUGGAUACUGUGAAAGUCAGAAUCCAAACUCAGAAACAGUUCACUGGAAUCUGGCAGUGCGUCGUAACGACCGUCAAAAAAGAAGGGGUUCAUGGCUUCUUUAAGGGAAUGGCUUUGCCUGUCACCACUAUAUCCAUGACAUCCUCUGUGGUGUUCGGCACUUACCGGAACUGUCUGCAGUGUUUCGGUCAGCUCCGCGGGAUCGGCGCUCCCAUCUCCAAGCUAGAUAUUUUCCUGUCAGGCAUGGCGGGUGGCGUGGCACAGAUCUCUGUGAUGUCACCUGGCGACAUUGUGAAAGUUCGUCUUCAGUGUCAGACCGAGCGCAAGAGCAGCGGAUUCAGUCAUGGCAAACCCAAAUACAGCGGCCCGAUCCACUGCCUGCUGACCAUCGCUAAAGAGGAGGGAGUUUUAGGACUUUACAGAGGAGCUCUUCCUCUGGCCUUCAGGGACGGUCCGUCAUUCGCCACCUACUUCCUGACGUACAACACGCUGUGUUCACAACUAACUCCAGCAGGGCAGAAAGAGCCAGAGUGGGCCGCGGUGCUGCUGGCCGGUGGAGUUGCAGGAAUGGCCGGCUGGUCCGUCGGGACGCCCAUGGAUGUGAUCAAAGCCCGUCUGCAGAUGGACGGAGUGCGAGAGGAGAAGAGAUACAGAGGACUCGUUCACUGCCUCACCGAGACCGUGCGGAACGAAGGUCCAGGGAUUUUCUUCAAAAGUCUGGGAAUAAACUGCUUGCGGGCGUUUCCCGUUAACAUGGUGGUUUUUGCGGUGUACGAGGUCAGUGUUCGUGUGCUCAGGUCAGCACCUCUGGAUCAGCUCUCAUGAUGAGGAAGCACUUCUGAUCACGCCGUUAAUGUAAUCUAUUCUGGUUAUUGUCUUAUUGUAUUACAAUGUGUAUUUAACAUGCCUGGUUAAUGCAGACGAUGAGUCCAGAAUGUGACACAUUCUACCCCAAAAUAAAAAAAAAAGAUUUUUUUUUUUACUUUAAAUAAGAUAUUUUGCAUGAAAUGAGAAUGUUUUUUUGUUAAAUGUGAUAUUUUGCACAGUAUAUUAUUUUGUACGGACUUUACUUUAUUAGAAUAAGAGUAAAUGUAAUAGCAUUAUGAGAACAAUGAGAGGAAAAAAAACAAGCAAACAAACAAUCAAAAACAUUCAUAUUUUACCCCAAAAUCAAAAGAAAAAAAUAAGAUAUAUUAUUAUUGACUGACUGACUUUUUACCAUUAAUGGAGAGUAAUUAAAAUGACAGAACUCAAGAAGCAAUAAUAAUGAGAAAUUGAGGUAAAUUGUGCACCCCAAAAUCAAAAGAAAAAAUAUUUUAAAUAUUUUGCAUGAUACAUUAUUAUGUACUAACUUUAUACUCUAAAAUACUCUGUAAUAUGUACUGACUUUAUACACAGAAGCGGCCGAGGCCACCAAAAUUAAUACAAAACACCCCUAAAAUUCGAGAUAAGGGGGAAAAAAAUGUCUCUGUGCAAGUUCUUGUUUUUAAUAUUUAUAAAGGAGCUAGUAACAACGCACAAGCAAGAGUAUACUGUAUUUCCCGAAUAUCAGCACAAUUGUAAAUGUGAUAUCUAUUCUAUACAACAGUUCAAUAAACAUUGACUUAAGUGACUCACAUUUUAGACUCAGAAUAUUGAGUUUUUGCUCUAUUUCGCCAAUGAAAAUAAAUCCAAACAAAUCCACAAAAGAGCCAACUCAUUUAUGAAUGAAUCAUUCUAAUGAAUGAUUCAACGACUCACUCGUGGCGCGUUCCAAACGGGAUAUAUCGCCCUCUGAAGGCACUUCGGAGUGAAAACAAUCAUGGCCGCCAUAUUGAAGGGUCGUUCCAAACCGAAGUGCUCAAAACUGGCCACUUCAAAGGGCCCUUCGGAGUUAAGGGUUUUGAAGGGUACAACUGAUGGACACUUCGGGUCCCCAUGAUCCUUUGCACAGGGAAGUUGUUUGAUGUCACAGAAUGGGUACAGGAGGCUCGGAGUUCGAUUUAACCUAUAAAUGUAUGUAUAGUAUUUUUCUAUACUACUGUAAUAUUUAUACGAGUUAGAUUUGGUACAUUAUUAUGGUCAAAACGACAUUGCACUUCACCAAAAAUACUUUACAGCUCCCUUUAUCAGUCCAUUCAAAUGUUUCAAAUACAUAGACGCAAUAUACAAUAUGGUGCGAUAAACCAAAAAUAAAUAAACUAACGUUAAACAAAAGGCACAGCUUGCACAAUCUACUCCUCCUUGAUUGUCUCGUAUGCGUUCCAAAAAAAGAGUUUUUUCAGACCCCUACACCCUUCAUCCCUUCGACGCUCUCACUCCGCAGGGUAAACCCUUUGAAGGGAUUAGGGCAUAGGGAUGAGCCCUUCCGAAUGGAACGCAGGGUCAGUCACUUGCUUGCCCUGAAUGAAUCAGCCAUUUUGCAGGAAUCGUUUGACUGAAUGAUUCAAUGACUCACUAAGUGAUUUGCUGCCACCAACUGGUGGUUUAGUUUCAUAUUUAAAAGUAUCGUUUCAUUAUGGUUAAAGAGAUAGAAUGCGUUUAUAAGUAAGUCUAUUUCGAGUAAAAUAUGAGAUAACUUUGUUAAAUAAUGCAGAGAUAAUUGCAGUCGCGUUGCAUUAAUGUUUUUGUCUUUUUCCCUCAUAUUGGGGCCUCCAACUGUUUCUUUGAAACGGGUCUAUGAAUUGCGAAGCCCACUUCUGUUUAUACAUUUAAAAAAAAUUCUCAUUUUUUUCUUUUUGUGGUGGAAAAAAAAAAUCGAUGCAUUAUGAAACUGAUUUUGCAGUUUGCAUAAUGUCCACUGAAUGCUGCUAGCUUAAAUACUAGUCAUGAAAAUGUGUGUACAUUUUGUUAUCUAUUGUUUUGAAUGUUUUCUAAAAAUAUUACAGAAAAUCAAAAUUGUUACAUCCAUCCAGAAUCACCAUGUCUACCUUUAGUACCAGCCCUUAAUCUGCACUUUCCUCUCUGAUACUGAAUGUGUCUUGCUUCAUAAUGAAUGACUGAGGAUGAAUAUCUCUGUGUUGGACUAUAUGAGUGAUGGAUUAAUAACUGAUCCUGUGUCAGUGAGUGUUAAAGAUGCGUUUCACUCAUUCAUUUGUACCUGCAAACACACUGGAGAAGAAACUAAACCUGCUUCAAAACCUGAGUAUGUUCUUCUUAUUUGAUAUUCAUGCUCUACUUUUCCAUUAUUAAACUAUCAGUGGAAAUAUACAAUAAAAUUUUACAUUAUUUAAAUAAACAUAUAUAUUUUUUUAA